AUGGAGGAAGAAUUACAGGCUCCUCCCCUAAAACCUCCUCUUGCUAACACCUCUGUACCUCGCGACAGAGAGCCUGACAGGGCUGAUCUCGAGAAGCUGAGGAAAUGGCAGGAGGACCGUAUUGCCCGGAGACUCCGUGGGGAAUAUGAGUCGGCAGUAUUUCAUCUGUCAGAGUUGGUGAACGAAAACCUGACAACGCCGCUCCGUAUUGCUUCGGUGCGAGUGGAGGGGGCCGUGAAGACUCGCAAGCCGUUCCUCGGCAGCAUCAUCAGUCCAUUCCUCCCGACGACUUCUUCGCCCUCUGUGGAUGGUGGAUCUACGUUGGAGUCUGUUCUUCGUACUACUAGACAUAUUGGAAGCCUUCUCCAAGAGACAGAUUUGUUCCAAUCGGUCGAGGCGAAGUUGGAGGCUAGCCAGGGCAUUCUUGCCCAAGACGGAGAUGUGAACAUAAUCUUCAAGACACGUGAGAAGGGCAGGUUCUACCUCAACACAAGCACGGAAGUGGGGAACAACGAGGGUGGUGCUAGUGCUACGUGUCGCGUCCGUAACGCGUUCGGAGGUGCGGAGACCUUCGAAGCCAACCUUGCAUUUGGCACAAAAACACGUGUCUCGUUCCAUGGAUCGCUCUCCGCUCCCUUGACCCCCUCUCUCAAGACAAGAGGCGAGAUCUCUGUCUUCGGCCUCGAGAGGGAUAACUCAAGCUAUGCAAGCAGCUCAGAGGGCGUACGGGGCCUCAGAGCUAGCGUCAGGACCGAGACUGUCACGAGCGGACUGCAUGAAGUCGCAUAUGAAGCCGUGCUGAGACAUAUCAGCAGCCUCACACCAUCGGCCUCUAUCAGCAUGAGAGAAGCUGCCGGACAGACCAUCAAAUCCGCUGUGUCGCACUCGUGGACACGGGAUACACGCGAUGACAAACUUGUUGGGACGACCGGGUCAUAUUUCAAGCUCUCACAAGAGCUGGCCGGGCUCGGCGGCGAUUCCUCCUUCUACAAGACUGAAGCGCAGACUCAGCUGUCAAGACCGUUCGUUCCUGGCGUAACAGUUUCAUUUGCAGCUCGCUCAGGGCUGUUAUGGAGUUUUGCUCCGCGAUCGCUGUUUUCAGAUCGCUUCCAGCUUGGCGGCCCAGUAAGCGUGCGGAUGUUCAGGACUAACGGGAUGGGUCCUCGGGAUGGCCCCGAUUCGUUAGGUGGCGACAUGUAUUGGUCGACUGGUGUCAGCUUCAUCUCUGAUGUUCCACGGAAACCUCAUUGGCCCGUCAAGCUGCACACCUUCGUAAAUGCUGGCAGGCUAGAUGUAGUAGACAGGUCUCAAUCUCUUCUGGACAACGUGAUUAGCAGCAUUUCUAAACCUUCGAUCUCUGCUGGGGUUGGGCUGGUAUAUAAGCUGGAUCCGGUGAGAGUUGAGGUAAACUUUGGUGUGCCACUGGUGGCUAGCAAGAGCGAUGGUCUACAAAGAGGGUUCCAAGUAGGAAUAGGCUUGGACUUUCUGUGA